CACCUUGACGUUUACCCGAAAAUACGGAUGGCAGAGAAUGUGUUACAGUGUUUUGUACAACAAUUUUACCACAUAAACAUCAUAUCCCGUUGAAUUUAAGUUAUGAUUUGACUUUUUACAACUAAUAGUACAAAAUGACGGAUAAAAUAAAGAACAUACCUGAACAAAAGUUAAAAGCUUUUUCCAUUGGAACCAUGGGGAAAAGGAAUAUGUCUAAGAAAGAAUUAGAAGAACUCCGUAAAAAAGAGGAGGAAAAGGCAGCGGCCCAUGUGUUUCAAGAAUUUGUGGAGACGUUCCAACAAGCUCCGUUAAAUGGCAGUAAUAAAGUUUGGGUCAAGGCAGGAACUUAUGAUGCAGGAUCAAGGAAGGAAGACACAAGGGAUAAGGGCAAAUUGUACAAACCACAGUCGAGGAUUUCUAUGUCACAGGAACUCAUCACAUCAGCUGAAAGAGCUCAAGCCUAUGCCAGUAUUUUGUCUUCUGAUAAGAAACCUGAACGACUGGGGAAAAAGAAAUCCCAACCUAAAAGUAACUUGGAAACGUUUAUGGAGGAGUUAAGACAGAUACAAGAAGAACGUGAGGAACGACACAAACACAAAGGAGCUUUACGAAAUGCAAAUCCUAUAGAAUCAGAACUAGACCUGUUCAUGAGAAGCGGCGACGUCGGUUCGUUCGACAACGGCGAUCCCACAACCACCAACUUGUACCUGGGCAACUUGAAUCCGAAAAUAACGGAGCAGCAACUGAUGGAAAUAUUCGGUCGGUACGGUCCCUUGGCCAGCAUCAAAAUCAUGUGGCCCAGGUCCGACGAGGAAAAGGCCAGAGGAAGGAACUGUGGCUUUGUGGCUUACAUGAGCAGGAAAGACGGCGAACGGGCGCUCAGAAAUUUAAACGGCAAAGAUAUUCUGGGCUACGAAAUGAAGCUUGGUUGGGGGAAGUCCCUAAUUCUUCCGCCACAUCCCAUCUACAUACCUCCUGCCCUCUUAGAAAUCUCAAUGCCACCGCCACCUUCCGGCUUGCCUUUUAAUGCUCAACCCGCACCGAGGGACAGAGAUGUCCUACCCAAAACCACUGAAGAACUGAACGAAAUCCUGUAUAGGGCCACAGUUAAAGUCGUGAUACCCACAGAUCGAAACCUUCUGAUGUUGAUACACAGGACGUGUGAGUUCGUCGUUCGUGAAGGACCGAUGUUCGAGGCCAUGAUUAUGAAUAGGGAAAUCAAUAAUCCCCAAUAUCGAUUCCUGUUUGAGAAUCAAAGUCCUGCCCACAUCUACUACAGAUGGAAGUUGUACUCUUUGACCCACGGUGAUUCUCAGAAGGAAUGGAGCACCAAGGAGUUCAGGAUGUUCAAGAACGGCUCCAUUUGGAAGCCGCCCCUGAUGAAUUCGUACACGGCUGGAAUGCCUGAGGAGCUGGUGCUCCAGGAUGAUGGCAAAGACGCUACCAAAGGAACUCUUUCCGUUACGCAAAGAGAUAGGUUAGAAGAUUUAAUACGGGGUUUAACACCGGAGAAAAAGAAAAUAGGGGAGGUGAUGGUGUUCUGUAUUGAGCACAGCGAUGCGGCUGAUGAAGUGGUUGAAUGCAUUACAGAGGCAUUGUGUAAUGAAGGAACUGCAAUUACCAAAAAGAUAGCAAGACUGUAUUUAGUGAACGAUAUUCUGCAUAAUUGCGGAGUUAAGGUCAAUAACGCCUCGCAUUAUAGAAAGGCGUUUGAGGCGAAGUUAAUAGAAAUAAUAAAGGAACUUAAGAAGACGUUUGAUAACCUGGAUGGUAGAUUAAAGGCUGAAGGAUUUAAAGUAAGGGUCUUAAGAACUCUUAAAGCAUGGGAAGACUCCAUCUACCCAAAGGAUUUUAUGAUUAAAAUACAUAAUACCUUUUUAGGAGUGGAGGAGACAGAAGAAUCUAGUCCACAGCUAGAAGAGUCCUUUGACAUUGAUGGUGACCCACUGGACAAUCAGGAUGCUCAAGAGGGAUACGCGUCGAUUGAUGGGGCUGCUUUGCUGAAAAAUGCUUUUAAGGAGUAUGGUAGUCCUGGAGAGGAGGAAGAUACUGACAUUGAUGGCGAGGAGAUAAAGGAUGAUCCAACGGAGAAGAAGGACACAAAUUUAAGCGGAUUCAUCACAUCCAAGUGGGAGACGGUAGACCCGGAUCAAAUAGAGGCACAAGCAAUGACAACCAGCAAGUGGGAUCUUCUUGAGAGCAGUGCAGACGUUAGCCAAAGUAGUAGUCAGAAUGAAAGUCAAGAGACUUUUGAUUAUACAGACACUAGGAACAUGACUGAAGAGAGACGAAUUAAACUGAGGGAAAUCGAGGUGAAAGCCAUGCAAUACCAAGACGAACUCGAGUCGGGUCAAAGAAAUCUCAAAAGCGGCUGGACUGUACCUGAACAGGUCGAACAUUACAGGCGAAAACUCCUUCGUAAAUCUGAGAAAGAGAAAAAGGACAAGGACAAGGAGCCAAGGAGUGAAAGACACAAGCGAGACUACGAAAAGAGUGAAAGAAGGACACAAGAUGACAGUUCCGACGACGAUCAUUAUUACAAGGAACUUACCUCUAGAAAAAGUAAAAAACAUGCACGCAGCUCAUCGAUUGGUUCAACGUCCAAACACAGGUCAAAAAGUCGUUCGCCACCGAGAAAGAGGAGUAAUCGAGCAUUGAGUCCACCAAGUCCUCCUAGGAUAAGGAGGCACUCUCCCCCAUCCUCCCGAUCCCGUAAAAUGAAAGACGUAUCCCCAUCCAGUUCCAACGGAAAGUAUGCCUCGCCGAGAAAUUCGAGGCACUCCCGUCAUUCCCCAGCCUCUCCCACGAGGUCGAAGCAUCACAAAUCGACCUCACCCGGAAGAGGUAGACACCCCAGUUCCUCUCCCUCACGUUCUAGGUAUCAUUCCCCAGACUCUUCCAGAAAACAUCGACAUAAGCACAAGUAUUAAUUUAAUGUGACUCGUUUUCUCCAUCGUUUCGUUCAUUUUACUUCUACCUUGUGGUGUGCCCUUCAAACUAUUUUUUAGUAUUUCUAGAUAUAAUUUAUUUCAAUUGUGGGUACAACUUCAAUGUGGGGUAUACUGUGUCUAAAUUUUAUAAAUGCUGAAUAAUUUGUAAAUAAGAUUGUAUUUUUUUUUGUUAGUGUUUUUUCAUACGAAAUGGACUUGCAACAGAAUGUCUUAAUGUGACAUCCAAGCAUAAGAAGUGUAGAAGGCGCUUUAUUACAGGGAAGGUCAGCAACGUCAGCGUCCCGUAUCAAGUGCUUAUAAAUAUAUGGCAUAACUUACUUUGUACCAAGUUGUGGUAUAUUUAUGGGCACAUUAAGACUUCUAUGCUAAAGUGUUACGUUAUGAUGUUCUGUGACAGGUCUAUACGCACCUUUAGAAGCGUAGACUUCUUUGUUCUGGCUGUCUGUUGCAGAUAAGAGGGAACGUAUCUUUCUCUUUCUUAAUAAUUGUAAUUUGAAAGUUUAUUUUGUACAUAAUAUUCCUGUUUUUUUUUUCUAAGACUACCAUGUACUACACUUUUAAUUUUAUUUUGUUAAUAAAGAGUAUUUAAAUUAA